CUGCAAAACCAUUACAUAAGCGGUACGGCGUAUAAGUGCUCAGCAGUCGCUCAAAAAACUGAACCAACUGCUAUGGAAACUGCUUCUUGUUCAAUUCUUAACACCUUGCGCCCUUCAAGCACCGCUCGCAAUAACUCGAACGACACUUUUUACACGCCCAGAAACCCUUAUUUGGUUCUUCCAUUUUCCUCCAUUUUCCCGAGAAACUCCACCACUUCUCCCGGAAAAUGUUUGCACUUCAAUCGGUUCAUUGCUUUCAGCUCACCUUCCAGCUCCGACAACCAGAACGCAUCUCAGAAACUUGCUGUUCUUCUUGAAGUUGAAGGGGUUCUUAUGGAUGCUUAUCGUGUGGGUAACCGCCAAGCCUUCAACGUAGCAUUUCAAAAGCUUGGGCUUGACUGUGCAAACUGGAGAGAACCUGUCUAUUUGGACCUUGUGAGGAAGUGUUCUGGUGAUGAGGAAAGGAUGCUAAAUCUUUACUUUAACCAGAUUGCUUGGCCUACUUCAUUGCCGACAAAUGAGAAGGGAUCAUUCAUAAAAAGUGUGCUGCGAGAAAAGAAAAGUGCAUUCGAUGAAUUUGUGAUGUCAAAAAGUUUACCUUUACGGCCUGGAGUUGAAGAUUUUAUAGAUGACGCGUAUCAGGAAGGAAUACCUGUAGCCAUACUAACAGCAUACAGUAAAAGCGGGGAUAAAAUUGCCGGAUCGAUUAUUGAAAAGCUUGGCCAUGAAAGAAUUUCAAAAGUAAAUAUCAUUGGGAAUGAGGAAGUCAAACAGAGUUCCUAUGGCCAACUUGUCACUCAGAAAGGAUUAUCUUUGGGAUUAGAUGAGCAACUUGCCAAGGAAGCAAUAAAGGCAGCUUCAGCUGAGAAACAAAAAAUAGCAGAGGAGGUUGCUUCCAUGCUGAAGUUGAGUGUUGAGAUUGAUACUAGCUCAUCUGAAAGCUUAGGCAAGACUGUAGCUGCAUUGCGUGCUGGGGCAGAAUUUGCAGGGGUACCUUUCCAAAGUUGUGUCCUUAUUGCAGGAAGCCAGUCUGGAGUCUCUGGAGCUGAGCAAAUAGGCAUGCCAUGCAUUGUUCUACGGAGCAGUUUGACUACAAGAGCUGAGUUCCCUUCAGCAAAAGCUAUAAUGGAUGGAUUUGGAGGUGCAGAUCUGACAAUCUCAAAACUACGCGCAAAGAGAUGGUCAUGAGAGAUACUUAUCAAAAAAGAGAUGGUCAUGAGAGUUGAGUAAAUUUUGCUGUGACCUGGGUCAUUCAUCUGAGCUGUUUAUUUUUGUCUGCAAGAGUGACAACUGCGAUGUCCUUAUCUCAAGCAGGUGUUGAGGCUGAAAGUAUGUCAUUUGGUUCUAUCUUAAGCUGUGAUUUUUUUAGUGUACCCUAUCCAUCACAACUUUAUUGUUGUCCUUUUUCAUUGUUAAGCGUGUUUGUAAAAAAUGCUGUGGGGUUAUUAAGCUUUCUUUGUUAGUACUGGAGAGCUUGCUCGAAUCACAGAAUGCUUGCUUGCUGAUGUCUGAAAUGUAAAUUUCAAUGUUGAAA